AAACCGAGCAUUGGUCGAUUAUGAUGCCAAGUUUGUAGCGUCUUCUGUUUGGGGGACAAUAAUGCUCCUUUAAUUCCAUUGGACGGUUGCCAAGUCCUAGGCCUAGCUCCAUAACACUGGGUUUUACCUGCUCUCAAUACUUGUUCAACUGUGGAUCACUUGGGCUUUGCCAGUUCAUGGAAAAACACUGCCAAUGUCUGACUGCCCUACCAUUAUCUUAAGGGAGAAAAUUUGCCCGUCUUAUUCUGAAAGUGGACUAAAUUUAUUCAGUAGGACCUGACUAAUUACUAUCGUAUGUUGUGACAAAUUGCUUUGUUUGGAUACAAUUUUUUGAAGGAUUUGUUCUUCGUCUCAUGAUUAUGUAUGACCAGGAGGAGAAUAUCCUCGACUUAACGGGCCAGGGCCUGAAGAGGAUAGAGCCUGUCUCUGGAGUCAGCCCAACAACCGUCAUCUAUAACAAGAAUGCCAUCUCAAAGAUUGAGAAUCUGGAAUCUUACCCAGAAUUACAACAGCUUUCCAUUGCUGAGAACCGUAUCAUUCGAAUGAUAGGUGUUGCCAAGCUGGUCAAUCUCACUGUGCUCAACCUACCGAAUAAUAAUAUUGUGACAAUUGAGGGUCUGAAAUCUCUCAACAAGUUAGUCUGGCUGAACCUGACUGGGAACAGCAUCAAGGUGCUCGAACAAGUCCAACACAACACCGCCCUCCGCCAUCUCGAUGUCUCCGACAAUAGCAUUGCUUCCAUCUCAGACCUCACACCGCUCAAAAAUCUCAAGACACUGCUGUUACAUGGUAAUGCUGUCUCAUCACUGAAAGGAGUCAAUAUGCUGCUGCCAACAUCACUGUCCAUCUUGUCCCUAGCUGAGAAUCAGCUCACAGAUCUGAACGAGGUGAUGAAUCUGAGUUUCCUGCCGAACCUAGAACAACUAUCGAUCAUGAACAAUCCAUGUGUCAUCAUGACGUCAAAUAUGCCUGGCUUCGACUAUCGUCCGUUUGUCGUGAACUGGUGCCUCAACCUUCGAAUCCUUGAUGGGUACAUCAUGACUGAGAAAGAAAGUUUAAAGGCUGAGUGGCUGUACAGUCAAGGAAAAGGCCGUCACUUUCGCCCAGGGCAACACCUGCAGUUGGUUCACUACCUUGCAUCAGUGUGCCCUCUCACUGCCGAUAGGCACGAACCUGAACAAGACGCCAAGUUGGCUAAGAUCCUGAGCCAACAGCGGUACCACCAGAAGCAGCUGACUGGGUCAGGAUUCCAUGUCCAUUUUGACGAGGACGUAGCAGAGAAUGAGAAGAAAGGAAAGAUCAAGAGGCCGACUCCAAAAAUCAAUGCUUUGAAGAGAGAAGAGACGAAGUCACCCAACCUGUAUCCAGUUGAGACACCCGCCAGUCUUUACGCUGGGAGUUACGAUCGGACACCAGUCAAGGCUUGGUCAGACCGAGUGGAUCGCUCGCGGAGUGAUUCUCCCAACCAAAUAGCACCCAAAGUUGGAAUGAACGCAGGGGACGUUCAGCUGCAGGAUAUCUCUGCAGAAGAAGAAAACGGCACAAGUAACACGAGCCUGUUAGAAUCUGAUUCCGUUUACAUCCCAGUCUCUGAUGGUGAGGUAACACCCCCUAGAGCAGAGACAGCGCCACCUGCUGUCAAUAAGAGCCUUCCUUUAACGUCCGACAUCCCGCCCGAACAGCGACCAACCACUGCCAUGAACGACAAAAACAAACAACCUGAGGGUCGCCAAUUAAAGAUAUCUCAGGAGGUGAAACAUCGACUUGCGGCCCGAUUCAAACAACACAUCACACCAGAGUUAGCUCAGGCGUAUAAAUCACAAUCUCCAACAGAGGGCAAGUUGAAAACUUCAGAGGACAAAGCAAAUCAGCGGAAGCGAUCAGCGCAUUCUACAGCAUCGGAGAGUGAGAGCGACGUCUCCGAUGGAGGCUCAUCAAAGGAGGGUAGGAUCUUGAAACGGGCGGCCCGAAGGAACGCGGAGGGGAAGGAGAACGUGGCCGAUAGUGCUAACUUUAAAAAUGCUGCCAAGCUUCGGGUGAAGAUGCACUCGCCAUCACUCUCGAUGUACAGCCCGCGGGUACAGCCAGAGAAAGAGCACAGGCCAAAGUUCGCAACACAAAUGACAGGUGAAAACAUCCUCAUGAACGGAUUUAAAUCUGAUUAUUUUGAUGAGAAUAACCCAGGUCACCAGUUGAACAAGGCCGCUGUCACCAUCCAGUCGUAUUGGCGAGGAUACCAUGCCCGCCUGAAGAACCAGAAGAUAAUCGAGGUGCGGCAAGAGAUACGGGCGCGUCGGGCAGAAGAUCACAUCAGGUUUCUCCGGGCGGAGCUUGAGAGGAGUGCUAUCAACUAUGAACAAGAGAAGAAGUUGAGGAACCUUCAGCUGGAAGCUAUAAAGUUCUUGUGGAGAGAGGUCCAAACUCUUCAAAAGUGGAGGGAAGAAACAUCAGGAGAAGUGGCACCUCACAGUAGCAAUGGCAAGAAUGGCCAAGUUACCCUUAUGGAGGCUGGGUCAGAGAAUACUCCAUUCCCCUCUGUCUUGGAGAGUGAAAGUACCAUCAAGUGCCCUGACCAACGUCACACGCAGCUUGUCAGCAUGUGUGCGAAACUGCAGAGUCAAGUGAGCCAGCUCCAGGAAACACUAUCAACAGUUACUAACUAUGUCUUCCAAGGUUCUGUCAGUGCGGGCACCGACAGAGAUGAGGACCCCAUUCGUGUGCUUGCAGACAUCAGUGAGACACCAGUAAAAACCAAAUCAAGGGGACAAAACGUUUGGGAAGUAGUAUCUAACAUUCUCCCAGAGGCAUCUGUGACUCCUACACCCCUCCCUGGCACCCCCACUCCCCCAAGCGAUGUCCUUGUCGCUCACAAAGGGGAUUCCAGCGUCGUCGUGCAGUGGGUGUCCUCACGAGUCCUUACGGCCGAUGGCAAGGACAGUCAUGGACCUGUGAUUGGGUACCGUGUUUAUGUGAACGACCUUCCCAAGGGCAUGGUGGCAGGAAUUAAGCCAAGAGCUUUCAUUGACGGGCUGGACCCAAAAGCUCAACACAAAGUCUAUCUGCGUGCUGUGUCUGCCCUUGGUGAAUCAUCCAACUCCAAUAUAGUAACUGUUCAAAAGGUUUCCAAUGACACCCCAACCAAAGGUCCCAGGGGAAACAAUGACCAAAAGCCACCCACAAGUCGCAGCAGGCAGUCAUCGGGGGGCUCUACGAAGGGAGAGAAUAGUUCAGAGGGUAAAGGUCAGGGGUCUGAUGGUGAAUAUCGCACGAGGAAAGCAUCAAGCAGUUCGAGAAGGAGCAGCGAUGCCGGCAGCACAAAGGAUGACGAUAUUAGCGAGAGUUCCCCAAAGAGUAUGUCUACUCAUACCCCGAAGAUUAUCCCACCAUAUCGCAAGUUGCGUGAGGUCACGACUGAUAGCGAUGACGGUGGGGCCAAGGAUGUUACCCCUGAUUCAUCGCCGUCACCGGUUGUCAAGACACAUCGUAGGAACAGGUCAAUCGAGAAAAGCAACCACCAGCCAUUACCAGACAAACUGCAGGAGGCGGACCUGAAGGGCAAGGUUGGGCAGGAACCGCAUAGCCCGGGGUCAGACAAGGAGAACAUCAAUACAGAGACCGGGUCUCCUCCUGGUACCGUCGACGGGAGGAAUGAGAUUCUCCAACGCCCUACUCGUGUGGAGAGGCAGAGGAGCACAUCACUUUCUGAGGACACACCGACCCGAGAUUCUCCCACAGGCCUGGCCAAGAGUAACUCAUCUUUAACUGUCGGGCAUGCCAUGUCCAUGGAGGAAAGUGUGGCCAAGCAGUUCCUACGGUCUUGCUCUCCCAGUCCCAGUGACUCGCUUCCCCACCGAGCAACGCACAAAGAACAACAAUCACUAAACAAACUGCAGCGCUCUAUCACGGACAUGUCCGAGCUGACAUCGGAAACAACUGAUUCAACUGACAUCCAUUCACGAAUAAGUGUUGGUCGUAGCGGAUCACUUAAAUCAAAGACAAAACCAGACAAAUAUAGACUAAGCCCGACUAGAGAGUUGUUAGAAAGGCACCGUAGGCCAGGUUCCGGGAGUUCGAGCCCGGUGGUGCAGAUUGGAGCAGAUCAGGACAAGGAGAAUGCAGAGCACCCGAUGUUAGGGGGAAGUCUGCGGCAUAGCAUGGAUACAGCUGAGACAAGGGAGCACAGGCCUGUCACAGUACGGCGGAGUUCAUCCAUGAAGGCCAGGUUUCUGUUGCAGAAUGAUCCCAGUGACGAGAGUUUGUCUGGCGUAAACCGCAGUGCCUCCGUCCGAUCCCGGUUAUUACCGGAUAAGUGUGAUUUGAGUAAUACAACCGGGUCGGAUGGCGGCGACAGGUCGGGGCCAAGUAGUCCAACAGCGACACAGAAAGUGCCGGAGAAUGUUUUAGACAGUGGAGACAAUGUCCAAUCACAACAGAGAAAAGUUAUCAUUCGUGAGAAAAAAAAUUCUUCAGAUGAAAGUAAUACAUCACCAAAGUCUAAAAUCAAAAGUGGUUUAAUAUCGAAGUUAAAGUCACAUUUCCCACCUAAAUGAUAUUCUGUGUAAUCUCAUAGUUAUUGUGGAUCUCGUUAUAACAGCGCACAAUGUGACAGUAGUCAUAUCUUGUCCAAAGAUAGUUAGGUCUGUUUAUGAAUUAGGUUUUGCCUUCAAAGGACUCAGACUUCAAAGGGCUCUGACAAAUAGGACUUGUGAAAAACGACAAUGAAAGUUUGUUCGGCUUGUAUAUAUUUGUGUAUAUAAUUUGAUUUGAGUGGUCCAUAGUUGUAGAAUUAGACAACUUGCUAUCCCUGCAGUUCCCAAAAUUGAACAUGCCUUCAAAGUGUUGGCUCCCUUUCGGGAAAUGGGGGUGAUAGCAUUAGAAAUUAACCUGACAUACAAUAGAUAGUGCCAGUUUAUAUAGAAUUGGACUAAAAUUCGGGGCAUUUGAGACAUUUAAAGCUACAGGCUAGCUUGUAUAGAUAAGAAUAUAAUGCAGAUGAAAGUUUACGAAUAAUUUGUCAUUGUUCCUUAGCUGAAUUGCAAUGUGUUACAACAUAAAUAUUGCUUGUUAAGUUUUAGACCAAUAAGCACCAAGGUGAAACAUUUGUCUGUGUGAUGAAUGAAACAGGAAACGCCUUGAAAAGCUUUCCCCACAAAAUUCCAAUCUACUAUAAUAAAGAUGAUUUUCUACUUUCUUUUCUGUCUGUGAUAAAUGGUACAUUCCAGCUUCCCGAAGACCUUCACUCGCUCUUGGCAUUGCUGCUGGUAGCAAGCCAGAGAUGUAUGUGCUAUUCUUAUCAUAUUGCUUUUUAUUACUUAUGCACAUUCCUGGAAACCUGGAUUUCAAGACUUCAGUGAUGUAAAUACACAUUGAGUAUAAAUCAUCACAUUGACACGUCUGGCUCCUGAACAGCAGCACUGUCUGUUUCUAUCAAUUACACGAAUGGUGAAUGCCUUUAAAUCAACUCCAAAACUCAGAAUCUCUCCCCUUCUUAUCAUGUUGACUCAGUGUCCCAGUUGACCCACUGUUUAUCUAUCCUGAAUAUACUUACCACCAGCAUCGACGUCCCCAGGGUUUCAAAGAGGAGGGUCACUUGUAGCUUUUUUGCAUGCUUUUGAAAUAAGAUCCUAUGUAAGUGCCAGCUUCAAGCAUAUUUUGUAUUAAAAUGUGAAAGUUAUAUAUUAGUCACUGGAAGAGUAGCAAGACCAGAUUAAUAAAAACAAAUAUCAAAAUA